GUCCUUUUCGAGCCUCCACCCCUCGAUGAAUAUAUAAUGCACCGGCGGGCUGCCCUCAACCUCUCUCGCAGCCAUGGUGCGGGUUGGCCGUCUUUGGCUGCAAGAAACCGUGACGCAGCUUUCGCCCCGGUCAUAACCUCCUCCGUGCUGCGGCGGACCUUUCGCUCCUCGCUCGUCUCUCUCGAUUCUUCCGAUGGCCCCGAUUCGAAAUCCACCACCCCGAAGCCUAAGUUUGGCGGUCGAUGGGGCUCUAGUUCGUCGCAAAAACCGGCGACGUUGAGUCCAGCGGAACAGGCAAUCCGCGAUGCUUUGAUCGCACGCAACAAUGCCGCUCAGGAGCAGGAGGCACAGUCAGCGUCGAGAUCAAAACCGCCGGCAAGUGCAAGCACCGACCUUUUUGAACAACUCCACAGCACGAGGGCGCCUCCGGGAGAUGUCAAAUCGUCCAAAUGGGGAGGAAAGCGGUAUUCGCCGAGAUUUUCUGCAGAAAGCCCCGCAUCAGAAUCAUUGAAAACAUCCCAUGGCUACCCUGAGAAUACCACCCAGAACCGCGAUCGUUGGAGGCAAACAUGGAAAUGCUCUAGUUGCGGGUUCAACUCCUUACCAAAAUUCACCACCUGCAAACGCUGCGGUGCUCAUGCUUCAGCAGAAGUCAUCGCAGAGAAUGCAGAGGCGUCCCGGCAGCAAAAACAACAGCAGCAACAACGACGACAACAGCAGCAGCAACCAGGAGGCCACCACCGUCACCAGCAACAACAUCAACACCACGGUCAGCACCAGCCUCGUCAAGAUCGGUGGGGACAGCAUCCAUCUCUACAGCCGGAUAGAAAAUUGGAAGGGCAGCCAAGGGCACCGCACCAUAUACGACAGAGGGACUGGACUUGUCCAGACUGCCAGUACCAUUGCUUUGGAAAACAGAUCGUCUGCCCGCAGUGCAAGGCUCCCCGCCCGGAUCAAAGUCUUAGGAUCAGAAAGCUGGGUCAUCAGCACCCGUCGGGAACAAGCAGCGACACCGGUGCCCUGGAUAACAGGCAAAAGGCAUUAUUGAAGCACGCAUACUAUCGGGAACACGAGUCUGGCGAGGAACCUGCUGAGACAGAUACUGCGGCGGGGCAACCGGUCAUCCCAUCCGCAGAGACGGGAAUUGUCGGUGAUUUGGAAGAGCCUCGUUCACACAGGAAGUUCAAGGAAGCCAAAACGCCGGAAACGGAGCAAAAAUCAUGGACAUGGGAUGCCUCGCUGUUUGAGACGCAGGACAAGAACGCCCCGCAGGAGAAGUCGUCAAAACGUCGAGAAAAUCGGCGGCAGAAAGCUGAUGAGGAGUUUGACGCGGAGGAGCGUCGUCAGCAACGCCUCGAACGGAAACGUUCGAAGAAAGAAAAGACACGGCGCAAGGAGUUGGAUACGACUCCAAGCCCGCUUUAUCUCCCAGAGUUCAUCAGUGUCGGCGACCUUGCUAAUGUUAUCGGUGUGCGGCCGGCACAGUUUGUUGCCCGUAUGGAGGACAUGGGUUUCGAGGAAGUUUCGUACAGCCAUGUCCUGGAUUCGGAAACUGCUGGUUUGGUGGCGACUGAGUUCAACUUCGAGCCCGUCUUUGAUACCGGUGGUGAGGAAUUAACGCCCGCUGAUGAACCUGAGGACAAAUCUAUGCUACCGUCUCGACCACCGGUGGUGACGAUCAUGGGACACGUCGACCAUGGCAAAACAACGAUUCUUGACUGGCUCCGGAAUUCCUCGGUUGCGGCUUCGGAGCACGGUGGGAUUACCCAGCACAUCGGUGCUUUCUCCGUGGCGAUGCCAUCUGGAAAGACCAUCACUUUCUUAGAUACCCCUGGGCACGCGGCCUUCUUGGACAUGCGUCGCCGCGGUGCCGACGUGACCGAUAUCGUCGUACUCGUAGUUGCGGCCGAUGACAGCGUCAAACCCCAGACAAUCGAAGCCAUCAAGCAUGCUACCGGGUCCCAGGUGCCCAUCAUCGUCGCCAUGAGCAAAAUCGAUAAGCCCGAUAGCAACCCUGAACGUGUCAAGCAGGACCUUUCCUCGCAUGGAGUCCACGUCGAGGACUUUGGUGGUGACGUCCAGGCGAUCGGCGUGAGUGGCAAGACGGGCCAGGGGAUGCUGGAACUCGAAGAAGCCAUUGUCACGCUUUCCGAGGUCCUGGAUUACCGCGCAGACGCGCAAGGCAACGUCGAAGGAUGGGUGAUCGAGGCUACUACGAAGAGCUACGGCCGUGUGGCCACGGUGCUUGUCCGCCGAGGCACGCUACGGACGGGUGAUAUCAUCGUGGCAGGCACUGCUUGGGCUCGGGUACGCACGCUUCGCAACGAAGCAGGUGUGGCCAUUGACGAAGCAACUCCCGGCACGCCAGUGGAAAUCGAUGGCUGGAGGGAACAGCCGGAAGCGGGAGCAGAGGUGCUCCAAGCCCCCAACGAACAGAAGGCGAGAGCCGUCGUGGAAUACCGAAUGGAGCGGAUAGAGACACAGAAAUUGGGCGAAGACACGACAGCGAUCAACGAAGCCCGUCGUCAAACCGUGGAAAAGCGUCGCAAGGAGAAAUCUGACAAGGGAGAGGCCGAUUAUGACCCGACCCCGUCAGGCCCUAAGCCCGUGAACUACAUCAUCAAGGCCGAUGUAGGCGGCUCCGCCGAAGCCGUCUUGAACUCGGUGGCGGCGAUCGGCAACAACGAAGUCUUUGCCAACGUGAUCCGAUCGGGCGUUGGACCGGUGACAGAGUUCGAUAUUGAACAUGCAGAGGCGUCGCACGGGCAUGUUGUCUCCUUCAACAUGCCAAUUGAGCCGGCCAUUCUACGCAUGGCGGAGGUCCGCGGGGUCAAAAUCAUGAACCACAACAUAAUCUACAAGCUCAUCGACGACAUCAGGGAAACCCUGAGCGAACAACUACCCCCACUCGUGACCCAACGGGUCACAGGCGAAGCGGAGAUCGGCCAGGUAUUCGACAUCAGCAUGAAGGGCCGAGGCAAGGUCUCGAUCGCAGGCUGCCGAGUCCGCAACGGACUGAUCAAUCGGACCCGGAAGGUGCGCGUUCUGAGAGACAACGAGACCAUCUACGACGGCACCAUCUCCUCGCUGAAGAACGUCAAGAAAGAUGUAGCCGAGAUGCGCAAAGACACGGAAUGUGGGAUUGGCUUCGACGAUUGGACCGAGUUUGCCGUGGGCGACCGCGUCCAGUGCUACGAAGAGAUUUUCGAGAAAAGGUAUCUGUGAUCUCUUCUAUGGGAUCUACCCCUAUUGGAUCUUCCGAUCAUGUACACUUAUUGGCGUUAUGGCGGGCGGUGCGCAUGUGGUGCGCAACAUGUAAAAUUACGACGGUCAGCAGACCGGCGCAGCCUGAUGCGACGGUCCCCCCUAUGUACAAUACAGCGGCGGUUGGUAUAAGUAU